ACAACGCGUUGCUGCUUUGCUGAAACAACCUCGCGAUAUCCAAUUAACUGUGGUGGUCUAUACAGCUAUGUCCAUUACACCCUAGCUCACGUUUUAUCCAUUCUGAAAAAGAAUACUCUAAAUUCUGUCGCAAUGGCCACAGCCAAGUCGACGACGCCUCAAGGGUUUCGCGGCGUGGGGUUACUUGCUCUCGCCAACAUACUAAUACCCAUUUCAAUUGUGGUGUUUGCCAUUGGAUUCUUCCCAUACAAGCCAUUUCUUCCUGGUCUGGCUGAAUAUGAGAGCCUUGAAUUUGGACAACCCCCAGAGGCCCCAUUUGACAAGCUGAUAUUCAUGGUUGUGGAUGCGCUGCGCAGCGAUUUUGUUUAUGCCGAUGGCUCCGGGUUCCAGUAUACACAAAAUCUUAUUCGAACCGGCAACGCUAUCCCCUUCACUGCAAACGCUAGAUCACCAACGGUGACGAUGCCGAAGCUCAAGUCCAUUACUACUGGAUCUGUGCCAUCGUUUGUAGAUUUGAUUCUCAAUUUUGACGAAGCAGACACCUCUUCGACGCUUGCUGCCCAAGAUACGUGGCUAGCUCAGCUCAAGCGCAAGGAUGCUGGAAAACUCAUCCUUUACGGAGAUGACACCUGGCUUAAGCUAUUUCCAGAGACCUUUGACCGCCAUGAUGGAACAUCGAGCUUUUUUGUCUCUGACUUUACAGAAGUUGACAACAAUGUCACCCGCCAUGUCCCAGAAGAACUUGGAAAUAAAGAUUGGGGGCUCAUGGUCUUGCAUUACCUAGGACUGGAUCACAUUGGACACAAAUCAGGUCCACGAAGCUCAAACAUGAAGCCCAAGCAAGAAGAAAUGGACGGCAUCGUACAGCAAAUCUUUACCGCCAUGGAACAAAAUGAGCAUCUACAGUCCACACUUUUUGUGAUGUGCGGAGAUCAUGGUAUGAACGAUGCUGGAAACCAUGGUGCAUCGUCUCCUGGAGAAACAUCACCUGCCCUUGUCUUCAUGUCGCCCAAGUUGAAAUCAAUUGCGCCAAAGUUGGAUGCACCCGCAAGCCCCUUCAACGAGUUUGACUUCUACUCUGCAGUUGAGCAAUCGGACAUUGCUCCAACUGUUGCGGCUCUGCUUGGAUUUCCAGUGUCCAAAAACAACUUGGGCGCCUUGAUUCCCGAAUUCCUGCCCUUUUGGCCUUCGCCCCGUGACAAGAUCCAGAUCUUGAUGGGUAACGCUCGACAAAUCCUCAAUAUUGUGACUGCCGUGUUUGGACCCGAGCUCUUUUCCAACAACAACACUGAUGUUGACCCCUGCUCUCUGGGAGACUCUGAUGUCAACAAUCUAUCAUGUGCCUGGCGUAAGAUUAGCGCCGAAGCUCAAACAUUCAGCAAAGCCAACGCCAUAAGUGAAGAAUGGUUGAAAGAUGUCUCUGAUUGGAUCCGCGAGGCACAGAGCCUGAUGAGUGGCAUGGCGUCGAAUUACGACAUGCAAAAGCUUGUUAUUGGCCAAGUCUUGGCCGUCCUCGCAACCGCUGUGGUAGCAGUCAUCAUCGUCAUGAACAAAUCCACGCCUUCCGCCUUCCAAUCCACCCUACCAUUGCUCCUCACAGGAGUAUCGUACGGUGGAAUGAUGUUUGCUAGCAGCUAUGUGGAAGAAGAACAACACUUCUGGUACUGGGCUGCAACUAUAUGGAUUGCCUACCUUGGAGUCCGGUCAAUCAACACCAGAAGCGGAGGAAACUCCGGCGCCAUCUGGUAUGCUUUUGCUCUGGGAGCACUAAGACUUACCCGUGGCUGGAACCAGACUGGCCAAAAAUACGCUGGUGAACCCGAUAUUGUGAAGAGCUUUAUUGUCACGUCGCCUCAGCUGUUAUGGUCAAUGAUCAUUGCCAUAUUUCUAAUUAUAUGGCUGCGUCUGAUGGUUAAUCUGGCCGGAAUCCCGCCUACAUUGACUGUUGCAUUGACUUCAGUUCUCAUAUCCUCCUGCUUCUCCUUCAAGUUAGCUUUUACGAAGGAGGACGCACCAGAGAUUGUUACCGGCUUUGCUCAGGUUCUUCAUGAAUUCUUGGGUGGGCAGUCGCUUCUCUGGCAAGCUCGGAUAGUCUUCCUCGCCCUCACAGCUGUUGCCGUGAUUGCUAUCUAUCGUUCGCGAACCAUGAUUACGGGUCCAACAUCUACAGCCGCUAUUUUCCACGAUUUGUUGACAUUGCUAUGCAUAACCCAGUCGCGAGCAACAAACCUUCCUGUCUUCUUUCUGUUUCACACCAUCUACAAGUCACUCACUGUUAGCCAGCUCAACUCCACAGAGUUAGCCACCUCGUCCAUUCUGUUACAGUUCGCGUCUUUCUUUGCACUUGGAGGGUCAAACGCGAUUUCGUCUGUUGACCUCUCCAGUGCCUAUAACGGAAUAAGCAGCUUCAAUGUUGUCGCUGUUGGAGUCCUGACUCUUGUGAGCAACUGGGCCGGCCCUCUUUUCUGGACAUCUGCUUCAAACCUCAUCCUGAUUCGAAAAUACAAAGCCGGCGAUAAAUCAGCUUUUGUACGUCAUGCCACAUUGCUCACAGGCUUUACAACUUUAAGCAUGGCUUUCAUCAUGGCCGCAUGUACGGCUUUAAGAACUCAUAUCUUUAUUUGGACCGUAUUUUCACCGAAAUAUUUGUACUGUAUGGCAUGGAGCCUCGGACAGCAUCUACUCAUCAACCUAGGAAUCGGCAGUCUUCUGUUUUGGCUUGGCAAAAAGUAAUCGUGGCAGUGUUGGAAGACAAGAAACCCUUGAUCAACUAGAUUAUUGCAUUUUAUCUGCUUUUUAAAUAUACCAACUCGAGAAAUAAAUAAAAAUAUAUAUGUAAAACCAUACUCCUCAUUAAUACAUUGAAAGCAACCGGCCACUAGACGGCUUAGAUGGAAUCAUCGUCCAUAUCGAUGUCACCGACAGCUGCAGUAACCUCGUCCAGCGUCGUCUCUCUAUUAUCGUACUUUGCAAUAACGGUGCCAUUGCUGUCAUCAAACUCCUCCUUCAUACUAGGAUCGUCUGAUCCCAGCUUGUGCUCACUCGAUUGCCUGUCCUGUGUUGCUGAUACACUGCGCAUGGCUGGGCCGGGUUGCUGCUCGUCAAGAGAGUUGACGAUUUUGCCCAAGCUGAUAUGCAGCUUGUACAGUGAGUUGCGGCUAGUCGCGUCUGAGCAGAGGCCGUCUUCCACGGCUUGGCUCACAUCGUCGUACGUCUCGCGAAGCUUCUCCGGGGUGCAGCCUGGAGAGACGUAAAGCUUGCCGAACAGGCCAGAAAUGAGCUUCUUU